AUGGCGUCCGCGAUGGCGACCAAGCGCCUCCGUAAAGAGUACCUGGCAAUGCAGCGCAAACCCGUGGACUACAUCCGAGCGGUUCCCCUUGAGACAAACAUCCUCGAGUGGCACUAUGUGAUCACAGGCACGAAGGGUACGCCGUAUGAAGAUGGCUACUUUCACGGCAAACUCAAGUUCCCGCCUGAGUACCCGAUGAAGCCUCCGUCGGUACUGAUGCUUACGCCAAACGGUCGGUUUAAGACAAAUCAGAGACUGUGUCUGAGUAUGUCGGACUUUCACCCAGAAACGUGGAAUCCCAUGUGGUCAGUUAGCUCCAUUCUUACGGGUCUCUAUUCGUUUAUGCUCGAGAAUCAGGCGACGUUGGGCAGUAUUAGUACUACGGAUGCGCAGAAGCGGAAAUUCGCGGCGGCGUCACUGGAGACCAAUUGUGGCAAUGCCGUAUUUCGCAACUUGUUCCCGGAUCUGGUAGCAUUGCAAAAGGCGCGAGAGCGAGACCGUGAAUUGCUACGACGACUGCCGACGGAUGGAGAGGGGACAACGACGUCGUCGUCGGGUACAAAAGGGGAAACCGUGUCGGGCAAUGGAGCAGUGAUAGAAGACUGGACCACGACUGUGUACGGUAUCGGCAUUGUACUCGUAGUGGCGACUGUCGCGGCUUAUUGGCUGUCGUGA